AUGGCAGUCCAACGGACCCCGUCUUUGCUUCUCACGCUUCUCCUGUCCUCCCUCUUUCUGUUCCUGAGCAUAAACGACCACAAAACUAGCGCGCUCGCGAAAAACACCCAGCAGCAGCAGAUCGUGCUCGAAGACACAUCGCCUGCAUCACCCGGCUCGGUCGACGAGAUCCCCACAGAAGAACAGCGACAGAGCUAUUGGGCACACGGUGGCAAUGACAUUGUGCACGAGGUAUGGUCGAUCCUACGAGACUUCGAGCCGACUUGGAAGGACAGUGUCUCAUCUCCAAGCGCCGGGCGACACCCCUCUGGCCUCUUGGAGAUCUCAUGGCACUACCUCAAGAUCAUUUUCCGGGCGUUAUUCAUGAAUGCGCCUUCCAGACACGACAGCGACGACGGCAAUGACUCAGGGAGCCAACACCCACGAAUUCAUGGAGAUCUUAAGCAUGGUGUCGACACGUUGCAGGCCGCGGCCGCGUUCGAUGACCCCGAUGCGAUUUUCCUCCUGGCGGAGAUGAACUUUUAUGGGAAUUUCUCUAUGCCCCGAAAUUUUAUGGAGGCGAAGAAAUGGUAUAUGCGGCUGGCUGAUCUAGAUGGGAAUAGCACGGCGCAGUACAUGCUUGGGUUGCUGUACGCAACAGGGAUUGGUGGUGUGGAACGAGAUCAAGGGAAGGCAAUGCUAUACCAUAGUUUUGCAGCGGAACAGGACAACAUCCGAUCGGAGAUGACGCUUGCCUUCCGCCACCACGCGGGCAUUGCCACCUCCAGAGACUGCAACAAGGCGGUGGAAUACUACAAGCGUGUGGCCGACAAGGCCAUGGCAUAUUGGCGCGCGGGUCCCCCUGGGGGUUCUUCAUUCGUGCGCAAUGCCUACCGCUGGGUCGAGGUUGAUGGCGGCAUUUACGGCGAGGGUGCCAGUGUUAGCAGCUCCGGGCACAACGCGCCUCGCGACGGCUUGUCUCUUGCCCACGUCGACAGCGUCCUCGAUUACCUCGACGUGAAGGAACACCAAGGAGACUACAAUGCCGUCCUCAACAUCGGAAAGUACUACUACGAGGCUCCUCGGGGCUACCGGAGGAACUACCGCAAAGCGCAACGUCAAUUCAUGAAGGUCGCCCGGGCCUACUGGGGAAAAGAUGGGAAAGUCAAUCCAAAAGCACCCAAGGGCAUUGACCGACUGGCUGGGAAAGCUGCAGCAUACAUUGGGCGCAUGUUCCUCCGUGGUGAGGGCAUGGACCAAAACUUUGAAAAGGCUUUGACCUGGCUCAAGCGCGGUGUCAGCAAUGGAGAUUCGUUCGCCCAAUAUCACAUGGGGCUCAUGUACCGUGAUGGCCUGGGCGUACCCAAGGAUGGGCUCCGUGCUGGUGCAUAUUUGAAAGCGGCCGCGGAGCAGAGCUUGCCUCUUGCCCAAUCUGCACUAGGGGUUCUUUUCAUUGACCAAGGUGAUGUCGAGACAGCGACUCGUUACUUUGAACUCGCUGCUGGCGCUGGCGUGAUGGAAGCAUACUACUACCUCGCCGAGAUGACCAAUCAAGGUGUUGGCCCGGAGCGAAAUUGCGGUCUGGCAACAGUAUACUACAAGGUGGUGGCUGAGCGUGCAGAAAUCCUCCAUUCAUCGUUCCUCGAGGCCAACUCGGCAUAUGAACGAGGCGAUUUUGAACGAGCUUUCAUCCCAAUCGUCAUGGCCGCGGAACAAGGCUAUGAAUACGCGCAAGCCAAUGCGGCAUAUCUGCUCGACAAGAAAACAUCAGUCAUCUCGGUGCCUGGUGUCUCGUUCUUCUCAUCAGACAACCCUGCUGCAAGCCGCAGUAAGCUCUUGAACAAUGCCGAGCUCGCUCUGGCUUACUUUACUCGCUCUGCCAAACAAGCGAACGUCGACUCCCUGGUCAAGAUGGGCGAUUACUACCUAGCCUCUGGAACCGCGAGUGCCGGUGCUAGAAAACCACAAGCUUCCUCUCCUCCCGUCUCAACUGAAAGCACAACAGACGGCUCUAACCCUCAAUCCAAGGAAGCACAGUCCGACCUCGAAAAAGCCGCCACAUGCUACACCACGGCCGCGGAGACGCACCACUCGGCACAAGCACUCUGGAACCUGGGGUGGAUGCAUGAGCACGGCAUUGGAUCCGUCACCAAAGACUACCACAUGGCCAAGCGGUACUACGAUUUGGCGCUCGAGAUGAACAAAGAGGCAUACCUACCAGUGACGCUCGCGCUGACCAAGCUGCGCAUCAGAUCCUGGUGGAACGGCAUCAGCGGCGGGAAAGUCAACGGAAUCCGGGACGACGAAGACGACGGCACCGGCGGUCGAGGCCGGCCCCGCAGCUUCGCCGAGUGGAUCAACCGCUUCCUCGACGCCGCGGAAGAAAUGGAUGCCGCGGAGGCGGCGGCCCUGGCCGCGAGAGACCGUGAUGGCGGCGACGAUGACUUCUUGGGUCUCGGGGCCGAGCCCGGCAUGCCUGGCGGAGACUCCGAUUACGCCGCGCGCACGGCGAGAGAGCGCCAGGCUGCGGGUGCGGGCCCCGCAGACGAUGGAUAUGGUGCUGACGAAUGGGAUGAGUUUGAUGAUGGCCUGGUCGAGAGUUUGAUCAUCAUUGCCCUGGCUGGUGCGUUGGCUCUGCUUGUCUAUGCCCGCCAAGCGAGACAGAGGGCUGGCGAGGAGGAGAGAAGGCGCAAUCAAGCACAAGCCCAACAGGGCCAGGUGCAGCCACAGCCAGCGCAGCCAGCUCCGGCGGCUGAGGGGCAGGAUAGAGGCGUGUUCCCUGGCCCAGGCGACCCGGAGUUCAAUAACUGGGUCGCGGGCGGAAUUGGGCAUUGA